AUGGUUUCUCGUAAUCAUGAUUCUGUUAGUUUUGCUCUUGGCUUAACUGGAGGUAUUAUCGGUUUCAUUAGUUUAGUAUUUACUUGUAUUGGUGUUGCUCUUCCAACAUGGUAUACUGGUACAAAUGCUAAUCAAACAGUUAUUGUAGCUAAAGCUAAUUUAUUUUCUUCGUGCUAUGCUCCAUACACAUCUCAAGGAACAAUAUCAUCAACACUUAAUUGUGGAUCGUUUAAUUCAUAUUCAUGUUCAACAACCUCUUAUCAAAAUUCUGUAUUAAAUAUUACAGCAUAUACUCCAGGAUGUACAAAUCCUAAUAGUGAGGCAUCAAUUUAUUUGGAUUUCGAUGCUCCGAUUUAUCAAGUUUCAACCACAAAUUUUUAUAGUUUACGCAAUGCUGCUAUACUUUCAAUCAUAUCUAUUCUUUUUACACUUUUCUCCACUAUAUUUGGAUUUCUAACAGGAAUUAUAGUACUAAAUAUUUAUUUAGUUUUUAUAGCUCCAAUAUUUGCUUUUAUUGCUGUAAUGGUUGGAAUCUGCGCUUUAGCUCUUGCUGGUUCUGUCUUCAAUUAUACAGGUACUGGCUUUGCUUUAUUUGUAGUUGGAGUUUUACUUGAAACAAUAGCUCUUCCAUUAUUAUCAAUUGUUGCUGGAAGAUUGAAUAGGUCCAAAAUAACAAAUCAUACCAGUGAAGAUGAACCUAUGUUUAUGGAACGAGAUGAUUCAUCUUCUGAUAUUCAACAUGUAUAUACAAGUAGAGUUUGA